AUGAACCAUGAAUGCCGCAGUUAUUACCAAGGUCAUGUGACGGAAUUUGCGUUAAUUGAUGAAUUUGAAUUUGAAUGCAAUUCGCAAAAAGCCAUUCGUUGGUAUUUAAAACAUUCAUUUCUGAGAAAGAUGAUCAACAAAGCAAUGCGAAAAGAAGAUACUAAUCAAAUUUCUCUAUUACCAUAUUUCUUGGUUGACCUUUUAGAAAAUCUUAGGCGUGAACGUCAACAAAUUAUGGAAUCUACUCAAGAAAAAGAACUUUUCUAUCGACAAAUGAAAUUAGCAACUAGUGAACUUAAUGAACCAAAAGAAAACAUAGGAAAAUUGAUUAUGAUGAAGGAAUUUUUUAGAGUAAGCGAUUUUCGUUUAUCAUCAUCGACGACUACGGCAACAUUUACCAGUCAACCCGAACGUUUUUCUGUACUUUUUAUAAUCGAAUGUGAUAUCAAAGAGCUUGGUGAUCAUAUUUUUUGCUGA